AUGGAGUGGGCCAUAGAAAGGAAAGAAAGGGAAGAAAAAAGGGGAAAUAUAGUAGUGAGAGGAGCGAGACUAGAGAAGGGAAGAGAAAAGGAAGGGUUGAAAAAGAUUGUGCAGCUGAUAGGGGUAGAGGUCGAGGUAAAGGAUAUGUGGGAGGUAAUGGGAAGAACUAGCCUCCUCAAAGGGUGGGAGGAGAGAACAGACGAGGAUCUCACCUGGGCAGAGAGGAGAAUGAAAUGGAAGUUGAGGGAGAUAGCAGCUAUUAAGGAGAGAAGGGGAAACAGAGUAAGAAUAGGGUAUGCAAAGAUCUGGAUAGAAGGGAAAAUGUGGAAGUGGGAUGAGAUAGGAGAGGUGCUUAGGGACGGUACAGGGAGAGCGAGGGAAGAAGGGCAAAGGGAGGGGAGGGGAAAAGUAGGGGAAAGCGAUAGGGAAAGGUCAGCAAGCGAGGAAAGACAAGAGGGAAGUAUAGAAGCACAGGGAAGGGAAGGGAAGAGCAAUAGGCGGAAUGCUGUCAGGGGUAAGAAGGGAGAUAGUAAGUGGGGCGGGAGGGAGGGAAGAGGUAAAAGAGGGCAUGAUAACAAGGAAAAUAAGUGUAGGGGGGGGGAAAUGGAUAGUAGUAGGAAUAUACGUAAAUGGGGAUCUAAAAGAGAAGAUAGGGGAAUUGAAGGAGCGGGCAGAAGAUAUAGAGGGAGGGGUAAAAGUGCUAUUGGGGGUGAUUUUAAUGCCAGGACAGGGCAGGAGGGGGGAGGAUGCUGGCGAGAAGGAGAGGAGGAGAGUGGGAGUAGGAUAUCAAAGGACAGGAAAAUAAACUCGGAAGGUAGGCAGCUGGUGCAAUUUUUAGAUGAGACAGGAUGGGCAAUAAUGAACGGGAACAUAGAGGGGGAUGAGGAGGGGGAAUUUACGUAUGUAGGAGGGGCGGGGGUGACGGUGAUAGACUACGCUAUAGGAGACAUCGAGGUAAGGGAUAGGGUCAAAAGGAUAGAGAUUGGGGAUAGGGUUGACUCGGAUCAUCACCCGGUAAUAGUGUGGUUGAGGGGGGCAGUGGCUAGGACAAGGAAGGGAAAAAGAGUAGGGGGAACUAGUAGAGGAGACUGGACGGAGGAGGGUAGGAUGAGGUUUAGAGCAGAAGUCAAAUGGGAGGGGAUAGGAGAAGUGGAUGUAGGUAAAGAGAUAGAGAAAAGAAUAAGGGAGUUUAGACGAGCCUUAGAUGGGGAGGGGGAAGGGAACGCGUAUAAAAAGGAAAGAAGGGAAUAUAAUAGGCUAUGCGAGGAGAGAAAAAAGAAAGAAAAUGAGGGAUUCAUAAAAGAAGCAGCGGAAGCAAGGACAGAAAGCAAGGUAUGGAAGAUAGUUGAUAGGGAAAGAAAGAAGUGGAAGAGGGUGAAUGAAGAAAUAGGAGAUCAGGAGUGGAGGGAGUAUUUCAUGGGAUUAUUAGGCGGGGUAGAAAGCAAGGUAACAGAAGGCGGGGAGACGGUAAAUAGGAAGGGUGACGGGGAAGGGGAGCUGCAGAGGGAAGAGAUUAAAAAGGUGAUAGGAAAGCUGAGGGAUGGAAAGGCACCAGGGGGGAUGGAAUAG